UACUUUGGGUUUUGGAGUUAUCCAAAUUCAUGGGCUGCGUCCAAGUUUUUCCUAGAAAUACCAUUGUAUAGGCCGCCCAUAUCCCCAUACAUUUAGGCCCGAAAUGCGCUACUACUGUGGGAAUCGAGACUUGAUUCACAUGGCUAUCCAUCCACCAUAGAAAAAUCUAGGAAGCUGACAGAAGAAGAAGAAGCACCAUGGGAGCUCUCUGGAACUCUACCUGCUUCUCCCCAGUUCAAAAUAAUCCAUUUUUAUUCUCUCGUUCAAGCAAGAAAUAUGCAAAUUCCUUGUGGAACUUCACCUACAAAUCCUUCCAGAUUUCUUGCAGCGAAGUUAAAGAAAACCAUGGUAGAUCCAGUAGUAAUAGGAAGAUGGAGGAAUACAACUUAGCUAUGAAGAGAAUGAUGAGGAAUCCUUAUGAAUAUCACCAUGAACUUGGAAUGAACUACACAUUGAUAACAGAAGAUCUAAUUGUUGGCUCCCAGCCUCAAAAAAUCGAAGAUAUAGAUCAUUUGAAGGAAGAGGAGAACGUUUCUUUUAUACUAAACUUGCAGCAGGACAAAGAUAUUGAGUUUUGGGGGAUAGACCUCCAGUCUAUAGUUACAAGAUGUUCAGAGCUUGGAAUUAAUCACAUGAGAAGGCCUGCAAGAGAUUUUGAUCCAGAUUCCUUGAGGAGUGUAUUACCUAAAGCUGUUUCAUCACUGGAGUGGGCGAUUUCAGAAGGAAAAGGAAGAGUGUAUGUACAUUGCACUGCUGGAUUGGGAAGGGCCCCUGCUGUUUCAAUUGCUUAUAUGUUCUGGUUCUGUGGAAUGGAUCUAAAUACAGCCUAUGAUACACUUGUUUCAAAGAGACCUUGUGGUCCCAACAAAAGGUCAAUACGAGGUGCUACCUAUGAUUUGGCUAAAAAUGAUCAGUGGAAGGAGCCCUUUGAGAAUCUGCCAGAUUAUGCCUUUGUGGAUGUAGCAGAUUGGGAGAGGAAACUGAUUCAAGAUCGUGUGCGGGCCCUUCGUGACACUUGAGAAUGCUGCAUGGAAGUAUUCCAGAGAGCAAGAAGCUGCUCCUUGAAGCUCAGCCCCGUGAUAUGAAAUUAGGUGCUUCUGUAACAUAUUAGGUCAGUAGAUUCCAAACAUGCUGACUCAUUGGUUCACCUAACCCUUUCACAUAAUUCACAUACAAACCGCCUAGAACAACUUUGUCACUGUAGUCUAGAGAAUCUUGAUCUUACAAGUAACUUUAAACUUCCUGCAAGGUUGUCUGUCUUCUAUAUUUUUUACUUUAGCAACCUUUUAGCCUUAUGGGUUUAUCACAUAACUUCAGUGGGUCGGCUCCACAUUGCUUGGGCAUCAUGGCUGAGUUAUUGGUUCUAAACUUGAGAAAGAACAAUUUCAGUGGUAGUCUUCUAUCGUUAUGUUCUCAGAGCACUUCAUUGAUGACCACUGUCUUGAAUGGUAAUCAAUUUAAAGGGUCUACCCUAUGUCAUUGUUCAAUUGGUAUGGUUGAGAAGUCCUUGAUGUGGGGAAUAAUGCUAUAAAUGACACAUUUCCAGCUUGUCUGGUGUCUCUGGGAGAGCUGCGGAUUCUUAUGAAGUGGAACAAGUUCCCGGACUAAAGCAAAACUAUUUUGCUUUCCCAUGUUGCGGAUUUUUGAUCUUUCUCCUAACAACUUCAGUUGCUUACUGCUUUCAAAAGUUCAUGAAAGCUGGAGAAUGAUGAGACCAGAUGACACAAACAUGAAAAAUAUCUUUAAAUUGUGCAAUGAAAUAGGGUAGUUCCUUCCGGUUGAUUGUCAUCCAAGACAAUAGUCAUGAAUGAAGUACUCAGAGAACAUAAUGGUGGAAGACUCUCAGUGAAAUUGUUCCUUCUCAAGUCUAGUAACAAUAGUUCAACUAUGCAUUGUAGAACUGGAUUACUCAGUUUGUUGUGUGAUGAAUUCAGAAGGGUAAAACUGCUUAAAUCACAUAGAAAAGGACAACUUUGAAGGAAGUUAAAUUUAAGUUCAAGAUACUCUAGAUUAUGGUAAUGAAAAUGUUCCAGGUGGAUUGUAAGUGAAUUAUGUGAAAGGUUUAGGUAAAUCAAUGAGUCCAUCUCUUUUGUAAUCAGCCUAGUACUCUACAUAACACCUCCUUGUAAGUAAUGUUGUCUUUUCCCCCCAACAUGCAGUGUACUCCAUAGAGGCUAAUAGUGCUUCACUUAUAUGAAUUCCUAUUUUCAUUAUGUUCAGUUCCGACUUUUUAUUUCAUUACUCAA